AUGAACUUCGAAACCCUGACAAUCAAGUUCAGCGACGAUCUACAGAUCGAAAUUCAACGCGGCGGUGACCCAGUGGACUGGCGACAAUAUCUCGCCAAGUACGGGAAAGCUGACGAGCCGAGCCUGGCGUUGCUCGACAUCCACACGAAGGUCGCGACAACCAAUGCAUCCCAGCGGCCCCCUGUGUAUAUGCAGGAUCGCGAGAUUGGGCAGGGCGGCUUUGGACAGGUGUUCAAGGCCGUGGAAAAGUACACUGGGCAAGUCUACGCAAUGAAGCUGUACAAGCGCGGCGCGGUGGAAUGGAGAGAGCAAGCCAUGCUGCAAAGCCUCAAACAUGAAUACGUGGUACAAUAUGUCGCCUUUAUCGACCUGCCCGGCCAGCGUGCACAGCUCAUCAUGGAGUACGUGGACGGCCCCAAUCUCCAGGACAUCUGCGACCCGGACAAAGGACACCCACCGCUCAGCGUCACCGAAAUCCAAGACGUGCUGUGGCAGCUUCUCACAGCUGUAGCGUAUCUACACGGUCGAGGGAUGACACACAGAGACAUCAAGCCGGCCAACAUCAUCCUGGCCUGCCGCGACCCCGUCCAAAUUAAACUGGUUGAUUUUGGCCUGGCGACGGAUGCGACCCGGUUCAACACCACUUGCGGGACGGCGUUGUACAUGGCGCCAGAGAUUGUCAACGGCCACAAGGCUCGCACAAACAAGGUGGACAUGUUUGCGAUUGGCGUUCUCAUUCUCGCCUUGUUUGGAACGUCAUUCGACAUAGCCGACGACAGUGGCGACGACUGGGAGCCGUACCUCGACGCCGUCGUCACGCAGAGACAGGUGCUGGCUGCUCAGUCCCACGGCCUGCCGGCCCAUUUCGACCUGGGCAUGCAGCUUCUUGCUGACACACCAGCCGACCGGCCCUCGGCCCUCGAAUGUCUGGAACACGCGUUUUUCACGUCGAGCGGCUCCGCUGACGGUGACGUCGACCUGUCCCUGUCGCGCAGUCCCACACCACAACGUCGCCCCGAUACAACGACGCAACGUUACCGUCCCAGCCCAGACUGGGCGGUUGGGGAGUACCCGAUGGAGCAGUCGCCGACGGCACUCUCAGAGUACCUCGCCGCCCCCACCCCUCGGGCGUCGUCGUCGUUGUCGCGGUGGGCGUCCACCUCGCCGUCCGCCCAACACGAGCGUCCAGCCAAGCGCAGCAGGCAGACACCGAACCGCAGCUUGGGAAGCAUACGCACGGCCGUCGUGAAACCGAGUGGGCCGUCGUCACGGUCCCGCCGUGGCGAGUACCGCGCAAGACGCAGGGCCCCGUCCGCCGGAGACGGGUACAACGGCCGGGGCGACACCCCCGAAGAUGAGGUGGACUACGGAGAUGACGACGACGACGACCAGUCCCUCUACCAUGGCAGCCACAGUCGUCCAGAGACGUCUGAAUAUGCUGUACUGCCGCCGGGCAGCGUGUCCAGCAGCGUUACGGACACAGCCUCGAGCGUGGCAUCCCCCGAGCCAGAGGCGUCUCGCCCGGAACCACCCCCUGGUCGCUACUCGCUCCGCUCCUCCAACGCCAGCAAAACGACAACCGACGCGUCGUCGUCGCACACGCGGCUGUAUGAUGGCUGUUGGUUGGAUCCCAUGCAUGCUGUGUGGGGCGGCUCGUCUCUGUACGACCAGCUGCACUCGAGACAUUCCAGCGUGUCUGAGGGGGACGAGUUCGAAGCAGUGGCCAGUCUUGACACGGACGGGUUCGUCCUGACUAGCAAAGGCCAGCAUUCCUAUGCUCCUGUCAACGACGCCAACGUGCUUCCGUCUGUGGAGGAAAUCUACGCUGCGCCCAACCGCGAAGCAAACCUAGAAGUGAAGCUCCGUCGACCGUUGUCGCCGUUCAUCGGCUUUUGGAAGUCUGCGGAACGCCGGAAGGCGAGGUCUGCCCGGAGCACCAUCCUAGAAGGGACGAGCAUCACAAUCCUAAGGGCCGAAAAGGCGACCACGUACACGAUACCGUUGUCCUCCAGAGCGCCCAAGUGUCCCAGCCUGCCUGACCGCCUAUAG